UCCUUGCUCAACAUCAUGAUGGACUUGAAGAAAUGCUGCAAUCACCCCUACCUCUUCCCCGUGGCUGCGAUGGAAUCUCCCAAGCUGCCCAGCGGUGCCUACGAAGGGGGGGCUCUCAUCAAGGCCUCUGGGAAACUGAUGCUCCUGCAGAAGAUGCUGAGGAAGCUGAAGGAGCAGGGACACCGAGUGCUGAUCUUCUCCCAGAUGACCAAAAUGCUGGACCUGCUUGAGGAUUUCCUGGACUACGAGGGCUACAAGUACGAACGGAUAGAUGGCGGCAUUACCGGAGCCUUGCGCCAAGAAGCCAUCGAUCGGUUUAACGCUCCCGGAGCCCAGCAGUUCUGCUUCCUGCUCUCGACGCGAGCGGGCGGCCUGGGCAUCAAUUUGGCCACGGCGGACACAGUGAUCAUUUUCGAUUCCGACUGGAAUCCCCACAACGAUAUCCAGGCCUUCAGCAGAGCUCACCGUAUCGGCCAGGCGAACAAAGUCAUGAUCUACCGCUUCGUCACCCGGGCCUCGGUGGAGGAACGGAUCACCCAGGUGGCCAAGCGCAAGAUGAUGCUGACUCACCUGGUCGUCCGUCCCGGACUGGGCUCCAAGUCGGGGAGCAUGUCCAAACAGGAGCUGGACGACAUCCUCAAAUUUGGCACGGAGGAGCUCUUCAAGGACGAGAACGAGGGCGAGAACAAAGAGGAGGACAGCAGCGUGAUUCACUACGAUAACGAAGCCAUCGCCCGGCUCCUGGACCGUAACCAGGAUGCAACCGAUGACGCCGACGUCCAGAACAUGAACGAAUACCUCAGCUCCUUCAAGGUGGCGCAGUAUGUGGUUCGGGAAGAGGAUAAGAUCGAAGAGAUUGAACGGGAGAUAAUUAAGCAGGAAGAAAACGUGGACCCCGAUUACUGGGAGAAGCUGCUAAGGCACCACUACGAGCAGCAGCAGGAGGACCUGGCUCGCAACCUGGGCAAAGGGAAGCGGGUGCGAAAGCAGGUGAACUACAACGACGCUGCCCAGGAGGACCAAGACAAUCAGUCUGAAUACUCGGUCGGCUCCGAAGAGGAGGAUGAAGACUUUGACGAGAGGCCGGAAGGUCGCCGCCAGUCCAGGAGGCAGCUUCGGAACGAGAAGGACAAACCUCUCCCCCCGCUCCUGGCCCGGGUCGGUGGGAACAUCGAGGGUACCUUGACGGCCUUCAGGGCCUACGUUUCUCUCUUCAUGAGGCACCUGUGCGAACCCGGGGCGGACGGCUCAGAGACCUUUGCCGACGGGGUGCCGAGGGAGGGUCUCUCCCGACAGCAAGUCCUGACACGGAUAGGAGUCAUGUCUCUGGUGAAAAAAAAGGUGCAAGAGUUUGAACACAUCAACGGCCGCUGGAGCAUGCCCGAGCUGAUGCCGGAUCCCAGCGCUGACUCCAAGAAGUCCUCCCGGGCCUCGUCCCCCACCGUCAAGACCUCCACCACCACCCCGGACCCCAGCUGCACCAAUACGCCUUGCACCUCCAAGCCAGCUACUCCGGCCCCCAGCGACAAAGGAGACGGGGUCCUCUCGGCCGACAAGGAGGAUCUGGAGACCCGGGAGGAGAAGUUGGAGAAGGAAGCCAAGGGCGGCGAGAAAAUGGAGACCGAGCCGCCCGCGCCCGAACAGCCCCUUUCUGCCACCUUCGCAGGGGAUAAAAUGGAGCCGGAGUCUUCGAAAAAGACGCAGGACGAGGGCCCGACGGGGGUCAGGGAGAAGGAGGCCGAAGCCGAAGCGACGGUCAAGGAAGAAAAGGAGAAAUUGGAUGCUGAUUUGGAGAAGCUGGUGGCCGAGGAAAAAUCCACGGAAAGCGAUGACAGCAAGGAAAAGAUGGAGGGAGAAACGCAGGAUCCCAAGAAAGGAGACGUCAAAUCGGAGCGGGAGACGGCCAAAGAGUCCAGAACUGGCAAUCUCAGAGAGGAGAACCGGAAUAACGGGAAGAGGGAAGAGAGGAUGGAGAAACCACGGUUUAUGUUCAACAUCGCGGAUGGGGGCUUCACGGAACUUCACACCCUUUGGCAGAACGAGGAGCGAGCCGCCAUCUCCUCCAGCAAGCUGAACGAGAUCUGGCACCGCCGACAUGACUACUGGCUGCUGGCCGGCAUCGUCCUGCACGGCUACGCCCGCUGGCAGGACAUCCAGAACGACAACCAGUUCGCCAUCAUCAACGAGCCCUUCAAGAGCGAAGCCAACAAGGGGAACUUCCUGGAGAUGAAGAACAAGUUUCUGGCCAGGAGGUUCAAGCUGCUGGAGCAGGCCCUGGUGAUCGAGGAGCAGCUCCGCCGGGCGGCCUACCUGAACAUGACCCAGGACCCCAGCCACCCCGCCAUGGCCCUCAACACCCGCUUUGCCGAGGUGGAGUGUCUGGCCGAGAGCCACCAGCACUUGUCCAAGGAGUCCCUGGCCGGCAACAAGCCCGCCAACGCCGUCCUGCACAAGGUGCUGAACCAGUUGGAGGAGCUGCUCAGCGACAUGAAGGCCGACGUGACGCGCCUGCCGGCCACGCUUUCCCGCAUCCCUCCCAUCGCUGCCCGGCUCCAGAUGUCCGAGCGCAGCAUCCUGAGCCGCUUGGCCAGCAAGGGGAACGAAACCCAGAGCGUUCCGGCCUUCCCUCCUGGACCCUACGCCACCCCACCUAGUUUUGGGGGCUCCUUCGGGGCCACCCCCGGUGGGGGUCUGCCCACCUUGGGGGCCAACUACAGCCAGAUGCCAACCGGCUCCUUCAUAACAGCCAACGGGCCCCCCGUGAUUGUGAAGAAGGAGAAGGAGGGCGAAGGCCUGGAGAAGAAAGAAGCAAAAGGCGGGGAGGUGAUUUGCAUAGACGACUGA